AUGGAGCAGGACGACUCCGUCGCGGAGCUUGACGCACCUAGUAUGGAGCUCGACACCAUCCGCGACGGCGACGUCCCCUCUCUCCAUCCCCGGUCUCCUCAGACGAGGACGAUUUUAUUCUUGUUGGCAACAAGCGUGCCAAGAAGACCCAGGGCUCCCAGCCAGCCAAAACAAAGCGUGCCCAUGACGGCACCGCUAAACCGCCCCCGGUCCGAGUGCACGCAAGUCGCACCCCGAGACCAAAGCCCCGCCCCCCGUCAUCAUCCAGGACAAAAUUGCCUGGAACACCACUCCAUCCUUGAGGACCUUCAGUCCCAGAAUUACCCAGCGCACGAGGUACAUCGUAUGUACCAGUCGCGCUCACGCAACAAGGCCGCUAUCGACCUUGUUCUAGUCGUAUUAGAUUUAUCCCCAGAAGGCAAAUCGAUCUUUGAUAUAAAGAGCGUUUGCCAACUAUCCUCGCUCUCCGUAGAGGCGCCUCGCAAGCGUACCUACCCCGGACAAUGCCACCGUUGUCAGAACUACGGCACUCUGCCCAUUGCGGCCGUAGGCCCAACACCCCCACGCCCCCCAGUUGCACCCUCUGCCUCACAGAGGGUCACACCGCGAAUUACCGCGGUUGUUCACGCGCCCCACGUCCCGCCAAAAAGAAGGCCACCCACACACAGGGCAACCGUGCUCCGGCACGUGCCCCCGCCAAGGCUCCAAACACAACCCGAGCCACUCGUACCCGCCCCUCUGCCUGCUAACAAUGCCUGGAUUAAACCCCCGGCAAUUGUAAGCAAGGUAGCACCCAACCCGCCCGCCCAGAAAGCCCCGCCCGCCCAGUCGCCCCCGCCCGUCCAAUCGGCCCCGCCCAUGCCCAUACACAAACCCGUCCCCAAACCACUGCCCGCGGCCCCCAAGGCCAACGGCAGCUCCCUCGCGCAGGACUUCGCAUUGGUCGCUCGCUUAGCCAGCACCAUCGACCCUAACGAGAUUGCCCUUCUGGCCUCCAAGCUCCGCCUGUAUAAGGAGUCGCCCCAAAAUAGGCUCGCAGCCGUCUGCGAGCACAUCGGCGUACUUACCGCCAUCCUCAAUUUUAACCUGUAA